AAUUAAAGAGUACCCUUUCUUCCUUUUCAUGUCUAUAUAAAGUACUCAAGAGCUUCACUGGUGAGGCAAAGCAUUCAGCAAUUAUCCAUCCAAAAUUGCUCUAAUGGGGAGUUUGAUGAUGAAGCUGCUACUGUUAAUCUUGAUUAUUGGCGGAUCAGUCUCUUGUUCUCUUGGAGUUGAACCGCUUGAAAGCUUGGUUUCACAAAAGGGAAGGAAAGAGAAAACCGCUUGUCAGCUUGCAGUAAAAGAAAAUUCUAGUGAUAUGAUAGAAAAGCUGAGGGAAUAUGAUGAAAAUCUGCAAGCUGCCGCAGAUUCCAAGCAAAAUAUUGAUGGCAAUUUCAGAGACAGUGAAAUUGUCAUGCGAAGAAAACUACUAGCUAAGAAAGCCACUCCUAGUCCCAGUAUUCGUGGCCCACAUGGUUGAUUAUGCAGCACGAACAAAAAUAGCCUAAUAGCUUGUAUUCCAUUAGUCUUGUGAGAAGAUCAGCCAAUCAAGUAGCUGAUUGGAUGGCAAAGAAAAAUUUAGGUCUUUUGCAUGCAAA